CCACCGGCCCGCGGGGUCCCGGGGGACCGGCGGCGUCGGGAUGAUGCGGACCCAGUGUCUCCUGGGGCUGCGCACCUUCGUGGCCUUCGCCGCCAAGUUCUGGAGCUUCUGCCUCUACCUGCUAAGGCGGCAGGUCCGCACGGUGAUCCAGUACCAGACUGUGCGUUAUGAUGUCCUCCCCCUGUCUCUCGUCUCCCGGAACCGGCUCGGCCAGGUGAAGAGGAAGAUCCUCGUGCUGGACCUGGACGAGACCCUGAUCCACUCUCAUCACGACGGGGUCCUGAGGCCCACGGUGCGGCCCGGCACGCCCCCCGACUUCAUCCUCAAGGUGGUGAUAGACAAACACCCCGUCCGUUUUUUUGUACACAAGCGGCCCCACGUGGAUUUCUUCUUAGAAGUGGUGAGCCAGUGGUACGAGCUGGUGGUGUUUACGGCCAGCAUGGAGAUCUAUGGGUCAGCGGUGGCCGACCGGCUGGACAACAGCCGCAGCAUCCUCAAGAGGAGGUACUACAGACAGCACUGCACUUUGGAGUUGGGCAGCUACAUCAAGGACCUGUCCGUGGUCCACAGCGACCUCUCCAGUAUCGUCAUCCUGGACAACUCCCCAGGGGCCUACAGGAGUCACCCCGACAACGCCAUCCCCAUCAAGUCCUGGUUCAGCGACCCCAGCGACACGGCGCUCCUGAACCUGCUCCCCAUGCUCGACGCCCUCAGGUUCACCGCCGACGUCCGCUCCGUCCUGAGCCGGAACCUACACCAGCACCGACUGUGGUGACGGACGCCCCCCCCCGCCCCCUCGGCCCUCGGCGGGCUCCGCUCCGACUGACGAGAAGCGGGGGGAGACGGCGCAGUCCGGCCCGACC